UAAUGUUUCUGUGAGUAAAUCAAAUUCAAGUUGUCAACGGGAGUCUACGUGUGUCACUUAUAUAGUCAUUCUGUGUUUGCAAAUCUGUAUCGUAAUGUGCUAAGGUGAACAUUGACGCCGACCUUGUGCCGUCUCGCCGAUGGAUGCCACAGGUGAACACUAAUCAGAAUCAGAUAGAUGACCACGGACAACAGUACGGAAUCUCGGCAUUUAAUGGAUAAAUGCCUGAAUCCUACAGGAUACGGGAAAAUGCAGCACAGCAACGAACAUAAGGAAUACUCCCUUCGAAAUUCGAUUUGGGAGUCAAUGAGGUCAGAUCGAGCCGGUUAUAAGCCAGAGGAAAACUACAGAAGGCGAACGCUAAUUAUUGAGAAAAAGAACGGCAGCUAUGGCUUCACGUUACAAGCCUGUGGAAUACACUUCAAGAAGGAAGAUGACAUGAAUAAAGAGACCAUGAUAGCGUAUGUGAACCACGUUGACGAAGGCAGCUCCGCGGCAGCGGCUGACAUGAAGGAAGGUGAUAUAAUUGUCUCUGUCAACGACGCUGGCAUGGGACACUCUGACUACGAUACAAUUAUGAGUGCCAUCAACGCGUCAGAGGCACGUAUGCGUAUUGUCGUGAUGUCCGAUAACUGCGUUAGGAAAGAUUACUUACACCAUAAUUAUAUAAACAUACACCAGCGCCUGACCGAUAAAAUGAAAGAGCUUUACGAACUUGAAAGAAGGGAGCGUCAAAUUAUCGAUACCAUCAGGAAAAGUCACCGCCUUCCGUCGCAGGACAAGAACUUUUCACCUUCAGAUAUCAUUUCAGAUUCUGAUGAGAACCAAAACAGAAACAGCGUGUGUUGGCGACCUUCUCUGCCAAGUGAAAGCGUCGUUGAACAAGCUGGCUUCAAACAAGGCGAAUUUUCUCAAGAAAAUAAACCAAUGAAAAAUAAUCAGGUAAAUAUAUUGACUCAGAGAACAGACACAAUAUAUCCGUACAUGAAUUUGAUUAAUGCUAAUUUAUCUAGCCCCUGUUCUGAAAGAUACAAAGUUUUGAUGUCAGAAUCUAAUAAAAAUAGCCAACGCAGCAUGCAAUCAAUUGCAGCCAGUAAUGUGAGUGCAAUGUGCAAGAAUCCAGUACAGAGCUACAAUACAUCUGUGAGUGACGACUUAUUGUUUCGGGAGAGCGAUAGGUCUGAAUAUAACUCAUCUAAAGUAAACUACCAAAGUCCUCAUCACCAAGUGAUGCCCAAGUCUUGGGAUAAUUUAGCAACAACAAGUAACGAUGGAUAUAGAUUUGAUUAUGGAUACCUGGACACUCAAAUUAAGCAGUCUCAGAUCAGACUGGAGAGCCAAGGUAACACUAAUAGCCAUAAUAUAUACAACCAUCAGGAUUACCAACAUUAUAGCCAGGAUAAUCGUGCGAAACAAAUAGGGCCUGCCAGCCAUUUUUCGAGAUAUGUCCCAAGUCCUCAGUAUCAAGGUUAUCCAACAGAGAAUUUGUUACCCGUCUCCAAGUCUCAAAUCGCGAGUGGUUUAGACAAUCGCCUGGUGUACGACUAUGCAGAGAAACCCGACUUCUAUAGCCAGGCGAGAGCAUCGGCACACACAACAGAUAGAGCAAGCUCGGGAGCAGCUCACACUAGCUAUUGUGCUCCCCGAAUCCUAUAUCCUGUUCACGGUUAUGAUAAGAAAGAAUGUUAGCUCGUUAUUCAAAAGUUUGCAUAGAUUGUUAACGGCGUUAUCAUAUCUAAGUUUUUAGUUUGUGUUUAUUUUCAUUUGUAUUCUUUUUCAAGUUUUUACUUUAUCAUUCAUAUUUGAAUGUUGUGUUAAUGAUGCGGGCCCAUCAAGUAAUACAUUGUGAACCAUCUU